CUUGGUGCGGCAUUAUCACGUACGCUGUAACGCCUGGUAUAAAUCGAUCGAACUUUACCGCACAGCAUCUUCAGUGCACCACGCCCACCACCUCAUAAGCUCUGCAGCAUGCCUCAGAGUCCUGAACUGGCAGCCCCUCCGCCAAUGUCAACAGCGAUGGACUCUCGGGUACCAUCACCCACAGAGCUCGAGCACGCCCUGAGGCGAGUGCGCUCCGAGAACGACCUGCCCGAGGAUGUCGGCCUGACGGACAUCCCGCGGCGGUCCCACCAGAGGCAGUCGAUGCGUACGCACCGUCCGCAUCUCUCAGAAGGUCACAUUACGUCGCGCCUAGCGCUGCAGGAAGCAGAACGCGGAAGUACGUCGGGCGAGGCACAAACACCGCACGACCACAUGCCGCGGCGGCCGACGCCCGUGCGGCUGCGCGACAAUGCACCAAGGAGUCAGCAGGAUAUGCUAGAGAUUUUACAGGGCUUCGAGAACCUGCCUGAGGAUUUCCAGGCCGAACUCGAACGCGCGAGGGUGCAGGCAAGACAGCGGGAACGCCGCGUGCCGCCGGGUAUACGCGGAAAAAUACUGCUGUUCCUCGGCCAUGUGGGCCCCGACGCGGAGGUUAGGAGCAAGCUGGUAUCGUUUGUUUGGAGUCUGUCGUUCGGGCUAGCUCAAUUUGUUGUCAUUGUGGCCCUGCUCGCAUACUCUAGCAAGCAUAAGAGUCCAACAAAACCUAGCGAAACCGAAUGGCAUGCGUGCGAACGUCCGCUGGGUGCAUGGAAUGCAGUUUGGAUAGUCCGUAACUUCCUUGGAUGCACACACUCGUAUUGGACUUGGCGUGUCGAGUUGAAGCGAUGUCUGCAGGCGCGAAGUAGGAACUCAGAUAGCAAUGCAGAAAAUGGCCGCCCGGCUCGGUCGGGGCGGCCGUCAGAUUCCAACCGAAAUUCGCAAAGAGAUCGUACAAGCACUGGAAGCACUCGCUUGAAUGAUUCCGUUAGUAACAAUGACGAGCAGCGACAUCAGGUCCCCAUUCUUCUCUCACGACUUGGAAAUGUCACCGAUAUGCUUGGCAUCGUAUGGUUCCUUACGGCACAUAUUCUCGUCUACACGUCUAUCAAGACGUGCCGCUUUUCAGCGCCCCAUUUGUGGUGGCUAAGUUUCAGUAUUCUCUGUAUCCUCUACUUCAUGAUCCUCGAGGUAUUCCUGGUCGGGCUGAUCGUGUUCAUCUUCUGGCCGGUAGCAUAUCUGACAUGGAACAUCUUCCUCCUCUGCAUUGGCCGACAUCCUGUACAGCGAACGCCUGUCAGGCACGAGAUUGGCAAGCUACCAAAGUCUACCGUCGAUCAGAUUCCGCUGGUCCUCUACAUCCCGCCCCCUCACGAAGAGGCCCAGGGAAAAGAAAAGGACACUACGACACCAUCGAUCCCAUACACUUAUCCCCCAACUACUAAACCUCCUCUACAGAAGAAACGCCGUUUCGCCUUCCUCAGGCGGUCGAGGAAAUCAAAGAAGAGUGAAAAAGAGGGCAAGUCUCCAGAUCUCAGCAAAGACGACAAGGAGGGCGAACGCACCUGGGAAGAUAAUUGGGUGUCAGGGGAUUAUCCAUUCGUCCGCCUAGAAGGAAAUCGCGCCGCAUGUGCGAUUUGCCUCAUGGACUUCGAGGAGCCUCAGAGAGCGGGCGGCGCCGCCAAGGCCGAACCGGGAGCUGCUGACGCAGGCGGAGAUGCUUCGAUGGUGCAGGUGGAUGAGGUGACCCGUGACGACGCAAAACGCUUGAAACUUGAGGAUGCCGGCGAGGGGCCACAACCGCUGAGGUUGCUGGGCUGUGGGCAUGUCUUCCACAAAACGUGCGUCGACCCGUGGCUCAUCGAUGUGUCUGGACGGUGUCCAGUCUGUCAACGGCCGGUUGAGAUAGCGAAAGAAGGAAAGGGUUCUGGCUGAUCCUCUUAUGUGUAUGUUGAAGGUACGGAUAGCUCUGAUUCAUGACGCGUACUAUCUUGUUCUUUUCACCUUUACGUCUUGUAUCUCUGUAAAUUCUACUAUGAAUCAAUUCACAAC